AUGGUAAGAUUCCAACACAGAUUUCAUGGUAUACAGUUAUACCUGGACCAGUACAAUGCAGAAGAUGAAACAGCGUUAGAUAUUAAACAGGGGGUGCAUGAUGAUGGGGAAACUAUUGCUGUCAAGAUGCUUCAUCACAUGCCAGGACUUGAUGAUCAGCAAUUUGAGAAGGAGUAUCUUAAUCUUGCAAGUCUCCAGCACCACAAUAUUGUGAAGUUAGUUGGCUAUUGCCACGAAACUCAGCGAGAAUAUGUACCUUACAAUGGAAAGAUGGUUCUUUGUGAUAAGACAAACAGGGCGCUCUGUUUUGAGUACAUGCAAAACGGAAGCCUAGACAAUUUUCUUCAAGAUGAAUUUAGUGGACACAAUUGGGACACACGCUAUGCGGUAAUUAAAGGCAUUUGUGAUGGUUUGAAAUACCUUCACGAGGAGCUACAGCCUCCUAUUUACCAUUUGGAUUUGAAACCGGCCAACAUAUUGCUGGAUGAGAAUAUGACAGCGAAAAUUGCUGACUUUGGAUUGUCAAAACUCUAUGGAGAUGGACUUACACAGAUCACGACAAGCUCCGUAGGAACAUUUGGUUACUUGCCGCCAGAAUACAUAGAUCGCCAGUUGGUUUCAAAUAAGUUGGACAUAUUUAGCCUGGGUGUAAUAAUCAUAAAGAUAAUGACAGGACAUAAGGGUUACUCUCAGAUUGCUGAUAUGUCUGCCCGAGAAUUCAUUGACCAUGUACAUGCGAACUGGAGAAAUAGGCUACAAGAAACAUCAAGUGAUGCACUGGAAUCUUACGCUGAACAAGUGAAGACAUGCAUCCAAAUAGCUUUGAGUUGUGUAGAGUCCGAUCGACACAAUAGACCCAGUAUAGGAGAUAUUAUCAGUAAGUUGAAUGAGACAGAGACUUUGACCCAGUUAUCUCGUGCAUUGGUAAUCAAUCCUGGCGGGUCGACAUCAGGGGGGAAGCUUACAAAACUUAGGACUCCCACGAAGGUAGGAUCGUGGGGUGGACUUAAUAUAGGUACCAUGCACGACAUAGAUGACAUACCUCAGCGUUUACGAAGUAUGACGAUCCGCUCGGGUGACUGCAUCGAUACGCUUUCCUUCUCUUACAUCAAUCAAGCCGGGAAGAUCAUCACGGCUGGUCCUUGGGGUGGUGGUCGAGGCAGGGGUCACCCAACGAUCGUGCUGGGCCCUUCAGAGAUUCUCAAAGAAGUGUCCGGAACUGUUUAUCAGAACGAAGAAGUAUGUUCACUAAAGUUUGUGACCAACGUCAGAACUUAUGGGCCUUAUGGAGGACGUACGCGUGUGCCUGGAUAUCCUUUCAGCGCUGAGGUGCCGGAGGGCAAUAGUAUCGUCGGCUUCUUUGUGCGUUCUAGCCAUGUCAUCAAUUCAAUUGGUAUUUACAUGAUGUAG